AUGAUUCAUUGUCAAUUAAAGACCACUGGUGUAACAUCAUCGAAAACACCAACAACAUCGAGGAGUACCGCCAAGCACUCGCCAUCACACAACUAUCGAGUUAUUUAA